UUUUUCCUAGUUAAUGAAUAGUUUAUGGAGUACGAUUGGCAUAUUCAAAAUAAGUAGGGUAAUAUUAUUUUGAUGCUAUUUUUAUAGUCCAAUUAUAGAUAAUUGGAUACUUAAUAUGGCAAACAUAUAGCAACUGCGUUUUAUGAACUGAGUUAGAUAAACUACAUAUUUUCAUUUUUGAGGUGGCAUUUGUGAAGGCAUAAUGUAUAGUUCCAUUUUAAUUUUAUUUAGCUGUAUAAUCAUUUUUGCCAAGGGCGAAACUUACAAUAUUGGUGUAUUAACUCAAAACGAAAGUGAUUCCAACUAUCAAAUUUUGCUGAAUUCAUCAAAAAAUUAUGAUAUUUCAUUGAGACCAAUUAUAAUUGAUUCGCCGUUUAAUGUUAUUGGAAAGUUUUGUAAAUCAUUUAAUGACACAUUAUGCGUAGUCGAUAUACUUCACCCUCAUUGCGUGACAUGCAGGAAUUCCAGCAAUGCAAACGGAUUUCCAUACUUCCAAACAGAUUUCUCUAGUAUGCGAUCAGUCAUUAAACUAAUUGAAUCUUACGUCAAAUGGAUGAACUUCACAAAAGAGAUCACAUUUAUUUUUACAAACCAAGCAGUUGUUAAUGAACUUCUAGAUGCCGACGAAGCUAUCAUCUACUUGACAUCUGGUGUAUCUUCACUAAGGGCAAUAGUUUUUUCGAAACUAACUGAUAAAGAAAUUGACCAAAUCAAGAACACUAAAAUUGGUGUAAGAUUCGUUGCUUUAGUGGGGGGAAAUAUAGAAAACUAUUUAAAAACGGCAAGAAAUGAAAAUUUAAUUAAACACGACGACUCAUGGAUAAUUGUUACCAAAACAACAAGCAUAAUGCGAGUUAAUACAUCAGUAACACUUAUCAAGAUAAAAUCAUGGGAAGAUGGAUAUAUUAAUAUAACGUCAAAAGCUGAUAAUUUAUUGAAAUUUGUCCGACACAUUGUAACAAAUUUACCUAACAAUCAACUGUAUUUCAAAUGUAAUAUUCGUUCAUCCGAUGAAAUCGCUCAAAAACGAAUAUCACUACUCAAUACAAUAUCUAUUUAUAAUUUCACAAAUCAUCUACGUUACAAUGUCGACACAAGUUCAAUUACGUACGACGAUGUUGCGGAAAUUUACAAAAUUGCUGCAGACGGCUCACCAAAACAACUGGGGUCAUGGACAGCAGAAAAUGGUUUAAAAAUGGAAAAUGAAGCUUUGGACAGAGUAAUUAGACAACGUUUUUUCAGAAUAGGAACAGCACAAUCUAUUCCUUGGACUUUUCUGGAUGAAACUGAUGGAAAAUGGAAAGGCUAUUGUAUUGAUUUAAUAGAAAAACUAUCAAAAGAAAUGAAUUUCAAAUAUGAAUUAAUAAUAAAAAAGGACAUUGGUAUUCCAAAUAGGGUUAACAAAUCGUGGAAUGGUCUAGUCAAAGGACUAAUUGAAGGAGAAUUAGACAUAGUAGUAGCAGCAUUAGCCAUGACUUCUGAACGAGAAGAAGUUAUCGACUUCAUCGCUCCUUACUUUGAACAAACCGGAAUAUCAAUCGUCAUUAGAAAACCUACUAGAAAAACUUCUUUGUUCAAAUUUAUGACAGUACUUAAACCUGAAGUAUGGCUUAGUAUAGUUGGGGCUCUUACGAUGACAGCAUUUAUGAUUUGGAUACUAGAUAAGUAUUCUCCUUACAGCGCUCAGAACAAUAAGCCAAAAUAUGAACAGUUUAGAAAUUUCACACUAGUUGAAAGUUUUUGGUUUGCUUUAACAUCUUUUACGCCUCAAGGUGGAGGUGAAACCCCAAAAGCUAUCAGUGGUCGUGUAUUGGUUGCUGCAUAUUGGGUAUUUGUUGUACUCAUGUUAGCAACAUUCACUGCCAAUUUAGCUGCUUUUUUAACAGUAGAACGGAUGCAGACACCAGUUCAGUCAUUGCAACAAUUAGCUCGGCAAUCAAGAAUUAAUUAUUCAGUAGUCGAAGGCAGUCCUGCACAUUUCCAUUUCAAAAAUAUGAAAAAAGCAGAAGACAUUUUGUACAAUGUAUGGAAAGAAUUGGCAUUGAAUCAAAAAGAAAAGCGACAUGAAUUCAGAGUGUGGGAUUAUCCUAUUAAAGAAGAAUAUGGCCAAAUUUUAGCAGCUAUUGAAAGAACAGGGACCGUACCAAAUAGAACCAUCGGAUAUCAAAUGGUAUUAGAUAACGAACAAGGGGAAUUUGCUUUCAUACAUGAUUCAUCAGACAUCAAACAUGAAGUCUACAAUAAUUGUAAUCUCACAGAAGUGGGAGAAAUAUUUGCUGAACGACCUUAUUCUAUUGCUGUUCAACAGGGCAGUCUUAUACAAGAAGAAAUUAGCAGAAAGAUAUUAGAUUUACAGAAAGACAGAUUUUUUGAGUCUUUGAAUGCUAAAUAUUGGAAUUCAUCAAAGUUAAGUAUGUGUCCUAAUGCUGAUGAUAGCGAAGGAAUAACAUUAGAAAGUUUAGGUGGAGUGUUUAUAGCUACACUUGUUGGAUUAAUGAUUGCAUUAAUCACAUUAGCAUUUGAAGUCAUUUAUUUCAAACACAAAAGAGCAAAAAUAACAGAAGGUAAUCUACUCAAAUUAGAUGAUAAAAAAUACCAUAAAGAACAGUUAAUGUAUGGACACGAGUUACUUAUGGCAGUUGGAAGGAAUAAAGCUGAGGAACAAAAACAUUGGGCAUCUAGGAUAAAACUAGAUUCCACAACUAAACGUAUAAACAAUGCAUUAUUCUUUCGCAGGCAAAAUUUUAAUAAUUAAGACUUAUUUAUUAAUCUAAUAUAUUAAGUUAUAAUUUAAAUGAAAAAUUCAGUUAUUUAAUAAACUCUAUA